AUGUCUGCUACCAACGGAGUUAAAAAGGCUCACAGCCAGCGCAGCUCGUUCUCUGCCAAGAAUCACAACAUCCCUUCACACUUCAUCGGAGGGAAUCGUUUAGAUCUUGCCCCCCCGAGCAAAGUCAAGGACUUUGUGGCCACCCACGAUGGUCACUCUGUUAUCACAUCCGUUCUUAUUGCCAACAACGGUAUCGCCGCCGUCAAGGAGAUCAGAUCGGUGCGAAAAUGGGCUUACGAAGUAUUCGGCAAUGAACGGGCCAUUCAGUUCACUGUCAUGGCCACUCCCGAAGAUUUAACAGCCAAUGCCGACUACAUUCGCAUGGCUGAUCAAUAUGUCGAGGUGCCGGGAGGAACCAACAACAACAAUUAUGCAAACGUUGAGUUGAUUGUUGACAUUGCCGAACGAAUGGACGUCCAUGCCGUUUGGGCCGGAUGGGGUCACGCUUCGGAAAACCCAAAGCUUCCUGAGGCUUUGGCUGCAUCUCCCAAAAAAAUCAUUUUCAUCGGUCCUCCGGGCUCCGCCAUGCGCUCUCUCGGUGACAAAAUUUCCUCAACAAUUGUCGCCCAACACGCCCAAGUGCCUUGUAUUCCCUGGUCGGGUACUGGUGUUGACGAGGUCAAGGUGGACAAGAACGGCAUUGUGACGGUAGAAGACCACAUUUAUAACAAGGGCUGCACACAUUCUCCCGAGGAGGGUCUGGAGGCUGCGCGCAAGAUCGGUUUCCCUGUCAUGGUUAAGGCUUCUGAAGGCGGUGGUGGUAAAGGUAUUCGAAAGGUUGAGAACGAAGAAGAGUUCACCAGUUUGUACAAUGCUGCCGCCAGCGAAAUCCCUGGAUCACCUAUUUUCAUCAUGAAGUUGGCAGGCAAUGCCAGACACUUGGAAGUCCAAUUGUUGGCCGAUCAGUAUGGAAACAACAUUUCACUGUUCGGUCGUGAUUGCUCCGUGCAAAGACGGCAUCAAAAGAUUAUCGAAGAGGCUCCAGCCACCAUUGCCAAACCUAUAACUUUCCAGGCUAUGGAGCGUGCUGCUGUCAGCUUGGGUAAACUGGUCGGUUACGUGUCGGCCGGUACCGUCGAGUACCUGUACUCGCAUGCCGACGACAAGUUCUACUUUUUGGAGCUCAACCCGCGUCUCCAGGUCGAGCACCCUACCACGGAAAUGGUCACGGGUGUCAAUCUGCCAGCUGCCCAGCUUCAAAUUGCCAUGGGUAUCCCUCUGCAUCGCAUUCGUGAUAUCCGUCUCUUGUACGGUGUCGACCCCCAUACUUCAUCUCCCAUCGACUUCAACUUUUCCAACGAAGACAGCGUCAAAGCCCAGCGUCGCCCCCAGUCCAAGGGCCACUGUACUGCCUGCCGUAUUACCUCUGAAGAUCCUGGCGAGGGUUUCAAGCCAUCCAGCGGAACAAUGCACGAGCUCAACUUCCGCAGUUCUUCCAAUGUUUGGGGUUACUUCUCUGUCGGUACCGCUGGUGGUAUUCACAGUUUCUCUGAUAGUCAGUUCGGUCACAUUUUUGCAUACGGCGAGAAUCGCACUGCUUCCCGGAAACACAUGGUUGUGGCCUUGAAGGAACUUAGCAUUCGUGGUGAUUUCCGUACUACUGUCGAGUAUUUGAUCAAACUGCUCGAAACCCCCGCUUUCGAAGACAACACGAUCACCACAGGCUGGCUUGAUCAACUCAUUUCGAACAAGCUUACUGCUGAGCGUCCUGAUCACACCGUUGCUAUCAUUUGUGGUGCCGUGACCAGAGCCCAUUUGGCCAGCGAAGAAUGUAUUUCCGAGUAUCGCUUUAACCUGGAAAGAGGACAAGUCCCGUCCAAGGAAGUUCUCAAAACCGUCUUCCCAGUCGAUUUUAUCUACGAGGGAGCUCGGUAUAAGUUUACCGCCACUCGAGCUAGCUCGGAUAGCUACCACCUCUUCAUCAACGGUUCGAAGUGCUCUGUAGGCGUCCGUGCUUUGGCAGAUGGCGGCUUGCUUGUCCUGAUGAAUGGCCGAAGCCACAACGUGUAUUGGAAGGAAGAAGCCGCUGCUACGCGCCUGAGCGUCGAUGGCAAGACCUGUCUGCUGGAGCAAGAAAAUGAUCCAACCCAACUACGUACUCCCAGUCCCGGAAAAUUGGUCAAGUUCAACCUCGAGAAUGGCGACCACGUCAAGGCUGGCCAGGCCUUUGCCGAAGUUGAGGUUAUGAAAAUGUACAUGCCCUUGAUUGCCCAAGAGGACGGUACCGUGCAGUUCAUCAAGCAGCCUGGUGCCACCCUUGAAGCUGGUGAUAUCCUUGGUAUCUUAGCUUUGGACGACCCAUCUCGUGUCAAACAUGCUCAGCCCUUUACUGAACAGCUUCCUGAUAUGGGCCCUCCUCAGAUCGUCGGCAACAAGCCCCCGCAAAAAUUCAUGCUUCUCCGCAGCAUCCUGGAGAACAUUCUCAAGGGUUAUGACAACCAAUUCCUCAUGAAAGCGACUUUGAAAGAAUUGAUCACCGUGCUACAAAACCCUGAACUUCCAUACGGCGAGUGGAAUGCCCAGUUUGCUGCUCUUCAUUCUCGUAUGCCAGGAAAGUUGGGAAGUCAGCUUUCGCAAGUUGUGGAUCGUGCUAGAUCGCGUCAAACUGAGUUCCCUGCCAAAUCACUUCAAAAGACGCUGGUUAAAUUUAUCGAGGACAAUGUCAACCCUGGUGACGCGGAGAUUCUUAAGACUACGUUGAGCCCGCUCAUCCACGUCAUUGAUCUCUACAAAGACGGCCUGAAAGUUCACGAAUACGAGGUCUUCAUCGCUCUCUUGGAACAAUACUACGACGUUGAAAGUAGAUUCACCGGACGCAACACUCGUGAUGAAGAAGUCAUCUUGAAAUUGCGUGAUGAGAACAGGGAUGACAUCCAAGUCGUCAUCCAGACGGUUCUGUCCCACGCCAAGGUUGGUUCCAAGAAUAACCUGGUCCUUGCUAUUCUGGAGUUGUAUCGUCCCAACCAGCCUCAAGCUGGUAAUGUUGGAAAGUACUUGAAGCCUAUCUUGCGUAAGUUGACGGAGCUGGAAUCCCGAGCUGCCGCCAAGGUCACUCUUAAGGCUCGUGAACUCCUCAUCCAAGCUGCUUUGCCAUCUCUCGAAGAGAGAGCCACACAAAUGGAACACAUUCUCCGCUCUUCCGUGGUCGAAUCUCGCUAUGGUGAAGCCGGCUGGGAUCACCGAGAGCCCGAUUUCGGGAUCCUCAAAGAGGUGGUCGACUCCAAAUUCACCGUUUUCGACGUUCUUCCUCUGUUCUUUUCACACGCCGACAACUGGGUUACACUCGCCGCUCUUGAAGUGUAUAUUCGCCGUGCUUACCGUGCUUAUACCGUGAAAGGUAUUCAGUAUCAUGCUGAUAGCGAAUUGCCUUUCAUAUCCUGGGACUUUGCCCUGGGCAAGCUUGGACAGGCAGAUUUCGGCCUCCCGAUUGCAUCUUCUCAUCCAUCUACUCCCGGUACACCGACCGCUGAUACCGCAAACCCAUUCAGGCGAAUUAAUUCUAUCAGCGACAUGUCCUACGUCGUUAACGCCGAGGCUGGCGAGAUACCACGUAAGGGUGUCAUCAUCCCUGUUCAAUACUUGGAAGAAGUGGAUGAGCAACUGGCGCGAGCGCUUGACGUUUUCCCUCGCGUAAAUGCCAAGCCCAAGAAGUCCAACCUUCUUGCCGCUGAAUUGAACGACAAACGCAGGCCACCCCGUGCUGAUAGUGACAGCGAGCUCUCCGGAGUAUGCACUGUCGCUAUCCGUGAUGUGGAGGAUCUGGAUGAUGCUGAGCUCUUUUCUCAAUUCAAUCAGGUCGUCUCCGACCACAAAGAAGAGUUCUUGGCUAGAGACAUUCGUCGCAUCACUUUCAUUUGUGGACACAAAGAUGGCACCUACCCUGGAUACUUCACUUUCCGUGGACCUAUCUAUGCCGAAGACGAAAGCAUUCGUCACAGUGAACCUGCUUUGGCCUUCCAACUUGAGUUGGGCCGCCUGUCUAAAUUCAAAAUCAAGCCCGUCUUCACUGAAAACCGCAACAUUCAUGUGUACGAGGCCGUUGGCAAGGGCAAUGAAAAUGACCGUCAAACGGUUGACAAGCGGUACUUUACUCGUGCUGUGGUGCGCCCUGGCCGCCUUCGUGAUGAUAUCCCUACCGCGGAGUACCUGAUUUCGGAAGCCGAUCGCUUGAUGAAUGAUAUUCUGGAUGCCUUGGAGGUUAUUGGCAACAACAACUCCGAUCUUAACCACAUCUUUAUCAACUUCUCGCCAGUGUUCCCUCUUGAGCCCCAAGCUGUCGAGGAAGCCCUGGCCGGCUUCUUGGAUCGUUUCGGCCAUCGUCUCUGGCGACUUCGUGUCACAGCUGCUGAGAUCCGUAUCCUGUGCACGGAUCCUGCUACUGGAAGGCCUUAUCCUCUUCGCGUUAUCAUCAACAACACCUACGGUUUCAUCAUCCAGGUCGAGCUGUACGUUGAGAAGAAAUCCGAAAAGGGAGAAUGGGUCUUCCACAGCAUUGGAGGCACCAACAAGGUCGGCUCCAUGCACCUUCGCGCCGUGUCAACACCCUACCCGACAAAGGAGUGGCUUCAGCCCAAACGCUACAAGGCACACCUGAUGGGUACGCAGUACGUCUACGACUUCCCGGAGCUUUUCCGCCAGGCUUUCCAGAACAGCUGGACUAAGAGUACCGAAAAGAUUCCAUCUCUUGCUGAGAAGAGACCCCCAGUUGGGGAAUGUAUCGAAUACAGCGAGCUUGUUUUGGACGACACUGACAAUCUUGUUGAAGUGUCUCGCGAGGCUGGUACAAACACACAUGGUAUGGUUGGCUGGAUUGUUACGGCUUAUACUCCAGAGUACCCCCGCGGCCGAAAGUUUAUUAUCAUUGCCAACGACAUUACGUAUCAAAUUGGUUCUUUUGGACCUCAGGAAGACAGGUUCUUCCACAAGUGCACUGAGCUGGCCAGGAAACUUGGCAUUCCUCGUAUCUACCUUUCUGCCAACUCUGGUGCCCGUAUUGGCAUGGCCGAUGAAUUGAUCCCCUACCUUAAUGUUGCAUGGAACGAUCCGUCCAAGCCCCAAGCUGGCUUCAAAUACCUCUACUUGACCCCCGAGAUCAAGAAGAAGUUGGACGAACGCAAGGUUAAGGAAGUCCUCACUGAGCCUAUCUCUGAGGAUGGAGAAGAACGACACAAGAUUACUGCCGUCAUUGGUGCCAAGGACGGAUUGGGUGUCGAGUGUCUUCGAGGAUCAGGUUUGAUUGCUGGUGAGACUUCGCGUGCUUACGAGGACAUCUUUACUGUCACAUUGGUUACAUGCCGCUCUGUUGGUAUUGGUGCCUAUCUCGUGCGACUCGGUCAGCGAGCAAUCCAAGUCGAGGGCCAGCCUAUUAUUCUCACUGGUGCCCCGGCUAUCAACAAGCUUCUCGGCCGUGACGUUUACACUUCCAACUUGCAACUUGGUGGUACCCAGAUCAUGUACAAGAAUGGUGUUUCCCACAUGACAGCCAAUGACGACUUCGAAGGUAUUCAGAAGAUUGUGGAUUGGAUGUCGUUUGUUCCCGAUAGGAAGAACGCCCCUGUCCCUAUUCGACCAUGGGCUGACAACUGGGACCGUGACAUUACCUUCGUUCCUCCUCGAGGACAAUACGAUGUUAGAUGGUUGAUUGGCGGGAAAGAAGAAGGAGACGAGUACCUCUCCGGUCUUUUCGACAAAGACUCCUUCGAAGAGAGUCUUGGUGGUUGGGCCAGAACUGUUGUUGUUGGUCGUGCUCGUCUGGGUGGUAUCCCCAUGGGUGUUAUCGCUGUUGAAUCCCGAACCGUUGAAAACGUCACCCCUGCAGACCCAGCUAACCCUGAAUCCAUGGAAAUUGUUUCUAUGGAGGCCGGUGGAGUGUGGUUCCCGAACUCCGCCUACAAGACCGCACAAGCUCUGCGGGACUUCAACUAUGGUGAACAGCUUCCAGUGAUGAUUCUGGCCAACUGGCGUGGUUUCUCUGGUGGUCAACGUGACAUGUACAACGAAGUGCUUAAGUAUGGUUCUUACAUUGUCGAUGCUCUUGUCAAGUAUGAGCAACCGAUCUUUGUAUACAUUCCACCAUUCGGCGAGCUUCGUGGUGGUUCUUGGGUUGUUAUCGAUCCUACCAUCAACCCCGACCAGAUGGAAAUGUAUGCCGAUGAGGAAUCUCGUGGCGGUGUCUUGGAGCCUGAGGGUAUUGUAAACAUCAAGUUCAGACGCGAGAAGCAGCUGGAUACAAUGGCUCGUUUGGAUCCUACCUACGGUGAACUCCGCAGACAGCUUGAAGACAAGUCUCUCAGCAACGAACAGCUGUCUCAAGUGAAGGCUAAGAUGGCAGCCCGAGAAGAGGACUUGCUCCCUGUUUACAUGCAGAUCGCUUUGCAAUUCGCCGACCUCCACGACCGUGCAGGACGUAUGGAAGCCAAGGGUACCAUCCGCCAGCCUCUCAAAUGGCAGAAUGCUAGGAGAUUCUUCUACUGGCGUCUACGCCGCCGUUUGAGCGAGGAGCUUCUCUUGAAGCGCAUGACUGAAGCGCAGCCCAAGCCUACGCCGCGCAAUGGUAGCAGUGGAGCCAUCCCUGUUAGUGGCAUUGUGGCUCCUCAAACAUCUUCUCGCGAACUUCACCUUCGCAAUCUCCUGUCCUGGAGUGGCUUGUUGGAAGAGGAGUUUAACCAAAACGAUCGCAAGGUUGCUUCUUGGUACGAAGAGAACAAGAAAAACAUCUCCGUUAAGAUUGAACAACUCAAGACUGAGAAUGUCAUUUCCGAUGUUGCCCAACUCUUGAUGAGCAACAAGGAGGGCGGUCUCAAGGGUGUUCAGCAAGUCCUGAGCAUGCUGCCUGUUGAAGAGCGGGAAUCGGUCCUCAAAUAUUUGGCAUCUCCAUAG